ACAAACAUGCGACUAGGUAAAAUCCCAUUAGUCAUUGGCAUGCCAGUCCUUGUAUCUCAAAACUUUGAUGUCGAUGGCGGAAUUGUGAAUGGUAGUACAGGAAUACUGAGAAAAGUCAGAUACUCACUCAAUGAUGAAAAACAACGUGUGCUGAGAUCCUGUAUUGUGGAAAUCAGUCAAUCAUCAGGUGAGGCACUCCCAAAUUUAAGUCCUCAACAAAUACCUAUUAUCGAGGAUUCUGUAGAACUU